AUGUGUACUCAGAAGAGGCGUUCAAGUAACCAUAUUCCUAAGAAGGUGCUAUUAACUGAGCAAGUCAGUUCCAUAAUCCAGCACUGCACUACUCCAAAAUUCAAAGAUCCAGGCGCUCCAACAAUUUCAUGCACAAUAGGGAAUCAUCAAAUAGAGCGAGCUCUCUUAGAUUUGGGUCCUAGUGUAAACCUUCUUCCUUAUUCGGUUUACUUGCAACUCAAAUUAGGAGAAUUAAAGUCUACCUCCAUUAUUCUCCAAUUGGUAGAUAGGUCAACUAAACAGCCUCGUGGUGUUGUCGAAGAUGUAAUUAUCAAAGUAGAUAAAUUCUACUUCCCAGUUGACUUUAUUGUGCUAGAUACCGAGCCCGUUCCGGAACCAAGGAGGCACAUUCCUGUGAUCCUUGGUCAUCCUUUCCUUGCAACAGCAAAUGCGAGCAUAAAUUGUAGGACAGGCGUCAUGGACGUAUCUUUUGGUAAUAUGAAGGUACGCUUAAAUAUUUUCAAUGCCAGUCAAUGCCCUUCAGAUAAUAAUGAUUGUUUUCUAGUCGAUGCCAUCGAUGAAUGUGUUGAAGAGAUGACCCUAUUUGCAUUGAUAAAAGAUCCACUGGAAGCAUGUCUAUUUUACUUUGAUGCCGAGUCAUUUGAUGUUGAGAAAAGUAUUGAAGAGGUGAAUGCCCUGCUUGAUGUAGCGAGUAUGCACAACACUCCACCAUGGAAGAUUCCUAUUGAGCCACUUCCACAAUUGUCAAGUAAACCACCUAUACCAUCUUUGGAGUGUCCGCCAGAGCUAGAGCUGAAGCAGUUACCCUCUCAUAUGAAAUAUGCAUUUCUUGGGCCAGAUUGUACUCUUCCAGUAAUUAUUUCAGCAAAGCUAUCAAACGUACAAGAAGAGAAAUUAUUAGAAGUACUAGCCAACCAUCGAGAAGCUAUUGGCUGGAGUGUGGCUGAUCUCAAAGGGAUUGAUCCCUUAGUAUGUAUGCAUCGGAUUUUCUUAGAAGAAGAUUCUAAACCUUCGCGAGAAGCACAAAGGAGUCAAUGGGUGAGCCCGAUUCAAGUGGUUCCAAAGAAAUCUGGGAUCACUGUGGUUGAAAAUUCUGAAGGUACUUUACUUCCCCAACGCACUACUACAGGGAAGAAAUUUUAUUGCUUCUUGGACAGGUAUUCUGGAUACAAUCAAGUUGCCAUUCAUCCUGACGAUCAGGAGAAGAUAACUUUCACUUGUCCAUAUGGUACUUUUGCCUAUCGCCGCAUGCCUUUCGGACUCUGUAAUGCACCAGCCACUUUUCAUAGAUGCAUGAUGGCUAUUUUCUCUGAUAUGAUUGAAAAUUUUCUAGAAGUCUUCAUGGAUGACUUCUCAGUGCUCCAGAUUGGUCUCUUUCUUCAUUUUGAGAUUAUGUGUGAUGCAUCAGACUAUACAGUUGGCGCCGUUUUGGGUCAGAGAAUGGAGAAAUUGCUAAGAGUAAUUUAUUAUGCAAGCAAGAUCUUAACAGAGGCACAAUUGAACUAUGCCACUACUAAAAAGGAAUUAUUAGCAGUGGUCUUUGCUUUGGACAAGUUUCGCUCUUAUUUGUUGGGUUCCAAAGUUAUUGUGUUUUCUGAUCAUGUAGCUCUUCAACAUUUACUCAACAAAAAAGACACCAAGCCAAGUGGGAAGAAGACAGCAGCAAAGAUUCUUCAGAGUGGUCUAACUUGGCCUUCCUUGUUCAAAGAUGCUCACAAAUUUGUUAAGGCCUGUGAUCGAUGUCAACGGUUGGGUACCAUUACAAAAAGAGACAUGACGCCUCUCUCCUCAAUUCUGGUUAUUGAAAUUUUCGAUGUCUGGGGCAUUAAUUUCAUGGGGCCAUUCCCUAAGUCGCAUGGCAAGGAGUAUAUUUUGGUAGGGGUGGAUUUCCUCUCCAAGUGGGUAGAAGCAGUGGCAACAACGACUAAUGACCACAAGGUGGUGGUUGAAUUUCUUCAAAGCAAUAUUUUUAGUCGGUUCGGAAUGCCAAGGGCAGUAAUCAGCGAUGGUGGAAAGCAUUUUUGUAAUCGCUUUCUUCGAAUCUUAUUUCAGAAAUAUUCCAUCUCUCACAAGGUAGGUACUUCUUACCACCCUCAGACAAGCGGUCAAGUAGAGAUUUCAAAUCACGAGAUCAAACAUAUCCUUGAGAAGACGGUUCGACCGGAUCGAAAGGAUUGGUCAUUGCAUCUCAAUGAUGCUUUAUGGGUGUAUUGUACAACAUUCAAGACACGAAUUGGGAUGUCGCCAUAUCGCUUGGUCUUCGGGAAAACAUGUCAUUUACCUGUGGAAUUGGAACAUAAAGCUUUUUGGGCCGUGAAAAAAUUAAACUUUGACAUGAGUCAAGCUGGGGCCAAAAGGAGGUUAUAG